AUGUCCCUCCAAGCCAAACUGCAAAGUGCCUCGUCCGAUUACACGAAACUGCAGAUGGAAAUGUCCACAAUUGUAGAGGCUCGACAGAAAUUGGAUGCUCAAUAUUCUGAGAAUCAAUUGGUCGAUCAGGAAUUCGCCAAACUCACACCAGACAACGUAGUCUACAAGCAGAUCGGGCCUGUCCUGGUAAAACAAGAGCAAGACGACGCGAAGAAGGACGUCAAAGGGCGACUGGAAUUCAUCUCAAGUGAAAUAAAACGCGUCGAGGGGCAGUUGCAGGACAUACAAACAAGAUCUGACAAGAAAAAGCAAGAGGUCAGUUCCUUCGUUGGUUUGUGUCCUGCUCAACUCCGAUUCAACUCCCAGCUCGUGGAAAUCCAAGCAGCAAUCCAGCAGGCCAAGACUGCAUAA